AUGGGCACCGACCGCCGAUUUCCAUCCUCUCUUAACUUUACCAAAAAUCAACAUGAUCUCCCAUUUGACCAUUCGACAUCUGACUUUGGCGAGUCAGGGGUAUCAAAGCUCCUAGCCAAGUCGCACGUUCAUCCGAAUACGCUUCUAGGUAGGCUGACGGACGUGGCCGAGGGCGAGUGGCUAUGGCGGAACUUCUUGCCACGUGAGAAGAUGGAAUGGCUCGCUGAUCAUUGUGUUCAGUCGCAGCCUGUAUUCCCAGCCUUCGGAUAUGUGGCCAUGGUUCAUGAAGCGGCCGGGGCCGUCACUCGUGGCGCGGCAAUCUCUCUUAUCGAAGUGCAAGACCUGACGAUCGGGCAUGCCAUACAGAUCAGCGAUAGCCCUCCAGGAACAGAAACUCUAUUCAUCCUGAGUGGGUUAAAGUUCGGGGAAGGCGCGAUUCAUGCAGACUUUGCUUGUUAUGGUAAUCUCGGCGGCACCAUGAGGCGAUGCGCCUCGGGGAGGAUGAGGGUGGUCCGAGGGGAUCCGCAUCCCACGUCUUUGCCCCCUAGGGAUUCCCCCAUGCAUGGAUUGACACCCGUCGCUGUUGAUAGUUUUUAUUCUUUCCAAGAUUCUCUUGGAUAUGGAAACAGUGGCAUCUUUCGUGGUAUCAAAUCGCUGGCCCGAAAAAGGAACGUUGCGUCGGCCGUUGUUGCAGGUCCGUCCAAAGCAGACAGGGACACCGGCCAUUUGUUGCACCCUGCAGUUAUGGAGUCGGCAGGGCAGGUUCUAACGGCUGCCGUCGGAUCACCCGGAGAUGGGCGGAUCUAUAGCCUUCAUGUUCCUACUAGGAUUCGCAAGGUUAUCAUAAGCCUACUCUCUAAGGACUUAGCGACAGAUGAUUUUCUGGCAGUUCAGGCUACAGUGACCGAUACCGGGCCCGGGUUCAAGGGAGAUAUAGAUUUCUUUGAUAUGAAUGGGAAUGGCAUAUUGCAGGUCGAAGGACUUCACUCUUUGCCCCUGGUGGCACCGACUGCCCAAGAUGAUCGUCUCCUGUUCUCAGACGUGGUUUGGGGACCAUUGCACCCCAAUGCAGCAUUGACAUUCCCACCCUCUCGAGAAUCCGUUUCUCAAUUCCAGGAUACAUCUGCUAAACUUAAAAUCGAUUAUCUGCAUCUGGCUCAAGUGGUCAAACAGAUGGUUUUUCGGUUUCCAUGCAUGAAGAUCCUAGAAAUUGCUGGCGGCACAUCCACUGCUACGCAGCAUGUCUUGGAUCAAAUUGGCACCUCUUUCCACUCCUACACAUAUGCACAUACGUCCCAGGAUGCCCUUCACCAGACAGAGACACGAUAUGCAGAUUGUGUGGAUAAUUUUAGUUGCAGGCCACUCGACAUCGGACAUGACCCCUUAUAUCAGGGGUUCGACAAACACUCCUACAGCCUUGUUAUUGUCUCCCAUUCGCUGUGUAGCAGGUCGCCGUCUACCGCACUGAAAAACAUCCGACGCUUAGUGAAGCCAGGAGGCUACCUUGUACUCAUGGAAGUGACGGAUGUCAAUUCGAUCUAUUACUCGACAUUUAGUCACCUGGAAAUGUUCACGCAAGCGGGGGAUGACGGGUGUCGACUGCCGCUUUUUGAACAUGCGCAAUGGAAUUUGCUGUUGAGAGAAGUCGGGUUUUCCGGUGUCGACACAAUGGGUAUACCUUCAGGUCUUCAUUCUGUUUUCGUCUCCCAAGCCAUUAGCGAUACAGUCAGUAUUCUUCGAGAUCCUUUGCCAUUCGAGCGUCAUGUGGCCCAGUCUGAAGGCCUAGUCAUCAUUGGGGGUGCCAGUGGUUAUACUUCAACCUUGGUAGCAGAGCUCGAACGGCAUCUGCGACCUCAUUUCACGAAAGUGACUCAAGCAAGCAGUUUACGCACCCUUGAAGUCCCUCAGUUAAGACGAGUAGCUGUACUUGCGCUGGCGGAAUUGGACUCCGAAUGCUUUCGAGAUCUGACAGCAGCUACUUUGCAAAGCCUCCAAGCUUUGUUCAAAAUUGCUGGCAAGGUCCUGUGGGUCACACCCGGUCCAUAUAGCAAGAGUCCGUAUCAUAGUAUGGUUCAAGGCCUGUUGCGGUGUGUUGCCAUGGAAAACACGGAGCAACAAUAUCAACAGAUGAGCGUGGAUGCUGUCGAUGCCGUUAAUCCCAAGAAGCUGGCCAGUAUAUUCAUGCAGCUGGUGCAGGCUGACCUCCAAAACAAUUACACUCUGCCUGAAUGUUUAUGGACAACGGAGCCAGAGCUCUGGCUGAAGAAAGACGGUGUUCUUCACAUUCCUCGUAUUCUCCCAGUCAAUGCCAUGAACAAGCGCUAUAUGUCCAAUCGACGACCGAUUCAUGACCACGUCCUGCACCGGCAGUGUAAAGUUAAGGCUGUCAACGUGUCCAACAAAAUUGAAUUGAUUACCGACACUUCCGCACCCGCUCUACCUGAUCGACCGCAAAUCGAGGUCGACUAUUCCACUCCAGUCGCCAUCCACAUCCAUGGGUUGGGUUACCUACACGUGGUCAUUGGGCGUACUCUUGCGGGACAGCAGAGAGUGCUUGCUCUAUCUACCGAGAACGCCUCCAUAGUGACAGUUUCAUCUGCCUGGAUACUUCCUUUCCCCAUUGAACAUGGCUCUUCGGCUAAUGUUCUGGCGGCGAUGAGCGCGGCCCUAGUAGCCCUACACGUCCUCAAGUGCGCCACACCGGGAACAAACAUUUUGCUGCACGAAUCCAACGAAGUCAUCCGUGCUGCGCUACUCAGUGGGGCCUCACAGUUUGGCAUACAGCCGUUCUUUAGCACUUCUCGUGGGUCACGGAGUUCCUCGCCAGAUCAAAUAUUCAUUCACCCAGAGAGCCCUGUACACCGUCUCACACAGCGUCUUCCCGUCAGGCUUUCAGUCAUUGCACACCUCGAUUCAGGGUCUGAGAACCUCGAAGGGCUUCUCGGCAAGGCUAUAUUGGAUGAUGUCAGACAACUUAACAUGACGAAUCUCGUCCGUCCGAGACCGCUUGUAUUUGGAGGCCGCGAGAACGGCAGGGAUGUGGUAUCUACACUAGACUUGGCUUGGAAGUUAGCACGGGGAGCUAUGCAGGCUGGAUCUGUAAUGGAGCUCCCUGUUCCUUUUCAACGACUUUCCGGUACUUCCAUUCAGCCUGGCGAUGUAGGCAUCGUGGAUUGGACAACAAGCGACCCCGUCACUGUUCGAGAAUGCACAGCUAGCUCACAGGUGUCGCUUUCAUCUAACAAGACAUAUCUGCUUGUCGGGAUGACGGAUGAUUUCGGCCGGUCCGUAUGUGAAUGGAUGAUUGCCAGAGGAGCCAGAGCUGUUGUCUUUGCCAGUCAGGAUCCUAAGCUCGACCAGUGGUGGCUAGAUGAGAUGUUGAGAUCCGGCGCGAGUGUGAGAGCCCUACAAAUGGAAGUCACAGAUCGAAAUUCCGUCUUACGCGUUGCAAAAACGAUCGAAGAGGAGAUGCUCCCAGUCGGCGGAGCCGUCACUGGACCCAUGGUGCUCGAUGAACAACUUUUCGCUGAUCUUUCCUUCAAUGACAUCCAGCGCAUCCUCGCGCCUAAUGUUCAAGGAAGCAUCCUUGGAAGCAUCCUUCUACUAGACGAACUUUAUUCCCAGGAUACCCUUGACUUCUUCAUUUUGUUUGGAUCGAGCGUCGGCAUAACGGGGAGCCCAGGACAGUCAGCUUACGCUGCCACGACGAGCUUCAUGAGCGGCCUCAUUAACCGGCGUAGGAUGCAAGGCCUCGUCGGUAGUAUAAUCAACCCAAGUGGAAUAUACAAUGUCGGCUCUUUCGAUGGUCUCAGGGCCGGCUUCUCUACUGGUUUGAAGGAUAAACUGGGCAUGAUUCCUAUCUCCGAACAAGAUCUCCACGAGGUUUUCGCGGAAGGGAUUCUGGCUGGCCGAGUCGAUAGUGCUCGUAGCCCUGUUAUACUAGCGGGUUUAGGAUAUGUCGAUCCUGUUCUGCAACCAAGGACCCUAUGGUAUCCCGAUCCUCGAUUCUGGGGCUUCAUCAAAAUGACCCAUGCCUCGGAAGAUAUUGAACAAGAAGAGACAAAGAAGCUUGCAUCGGCCUCGGACCUUGACGAGGCCGCUGGUAUCAUAUAUGUCUUAUUAGUUGCUAAGGUCCGAAGAAUGCUGAAGCUGUCGUCCGACAAUUCUCUCACGUCAGACAGCGUGUUGAUGGAACUCGGUAUUGAUUCCUUGGUUGCUGGGGAAUUGAGGUCCUGGCUCAUCAAGAAGAUGGCGAUGGAUAUACCAAUCUUUAAAAUUUUGGGAGGGUUGUCGAUUGGUGACAUCGUUCGUCAAAAGAUCGCAUCAUCUAGCCAUCUCACGUGGUCGAAAGGGUUUUCACAGAGAGAGGGAUAUUAUAACGAUAGAAGAAGCGGCAGUUACCGGUCCUUCCCUGCGCGUAACCGUGUUUCCAGCCCUCUAUUUGACACGCCGCCAACACAUAGACGUUAUGAAAGAUGGGGGCCACUUUCGUUUGCUCAGUCUCGAUAUUGGUCUCUGACCUACUCGGCUGAGGACAAAGCGGCGUUCAAUGUGACCCGACUGUAUCGAAUGAAGACUGCGCCACAAAUUGAGGAUUUGAAGACUGCCAUCCAGACAGUCAGCAUGAGACAUCAGAGCCUGAGGACCUGUUACCUCGCAGGAAAUUGCGAAGACUGCAACCCGAUUCAGGCAGUCUUACCCCAGUCUCGACUUCAACUGGAAGAACAUGAAGUCGAUCACGAAAAUGGCGCCAUGAGAGAGUACGAGAAGCUUCGAAACCACGUGUAUAAUUUAAAUGAAGGAGAAGUAGCUCGGGUUCGGCUUCUAUCGUGGCGUGGUACGUACUUCCUGCUCCUCGGGUGGCAUCCCAUUGCCAUGGAUGGGAGAAGCGGCAAUAUCUUCCUCGAAGAAAUAGGGUUGGCGUACCUGAAAAAGCCCCUUCCUCCUUUUCCCCGACAGUACGCGGAAUAUGUGAUCUCUCAGCGAGCAUCACUCGAGCAGGGUGAGAUGGAGGACGCAUUGUCCUACUGGAAGUCGCAGUUUGAAACUAUUCCGAAACCAUUUUCCUUGUUGUCUGUGCCUGGUAUGACGGGACCUCGUCCGGCACGGCAGGUCGUCCAGUCGGAAGAAGCCAGUGCAACCGUUGAUGCUAUGACGAUGAACAAAAUCAGGGCUGUCUGCAACAGGAAUCACGUACUGCCUUUGGAGUUCUUUCUUACAGUUCUGAGAAUCUUCCUCGCCCGCCUGACUGCUGCAGAUGAUAUCUGCAUCGGUAUAACCGACUCGAAUCGAUCAGAUAGCGCUAACAGGGGCAUCUUGGGGCAUCUGCAGGACUUUCUGCCCAUUCGAUUCAGACCCAGGGCCACUGACAAUGCAUUCAGCGACUUUCUCGGCAAUACACGCGAUUCGAUCUACGAGGCUCAGGCGCAUUCACAGCUACCCUUUGGCGCCCUCCUCGGUGAGCUUAGUGGGCAACGGUCCAUAACCAACAGUUCCCUUUUCCAGGUCCUCCUGAUCGACGGGCAGUCCGAGGGUGGGGAUCUUCCCAAGCUAGGGGAUAUUGAUUUGUUAACUGAACACUUCUCGCCGGGUCAGACCUCCUGCGAUCUGACCGUCCUAGUGAAGAACGCAGAUGACGGUGGCUCAAUCGUGAACUUUCGUCUGCAAAAAUCAUAUGAUGGAGGACAUACAGCGAGUGUGAUCUCCGAAGACUUUGUGGAUCUUCUGCGAACUUUUGCCGACGAUUCUGACCAGACUGUGGAUUACCAGUCAAUAAUCCACUUGGUGGGCAGCCAAACCCAACUCAGCAGAGGCCCAUCGCCAACUGCCAGAUGGCCAUCAACUUUCUCAAAGCCGCCACGCAGUUCGUCUGCUCUUGCAAGCGUCACAUCUGCUAUUACUACACGUACCUUGCAGAUCCUGGAACAUGCCGCGACGCUAAGGCUUGAGAGGGAAGAGUUUAUGGGGGUUCUAAAAGACCCAGGUCGCGCGUACGAUGGUUUUGAGCGGCUCCCGUUUAUUGAAUGGCUUGAUUUGGCAAAAAGAGACUAUGACUUCCGGUGGCUUGUCAUCUAUGAGGAUGCGAUGAUUUAA